AUGUGGCGAAUUCUAUUAUCUAUAUUCAUCCAAUUUUCUUUUGCUCAACAAGCUCUAGAAAAUUUUCCAAAUCCGCGAACCAAUGGUUACAAGGCUUGUGGCUUGAAAUCCAAAGGAUAUGUAUGUGAUUUGGAUAAGGUACUAACUGAACAAGAAAGAUAUAGGCUAAAUAAUGAUUUAUUACAAUUAUCUCGACGAACAUCGACUGAACAGAGCAGUGAUUUUUGUUCCACAAAAGGCAUCGAUGCAACUUUAUUAAUCUUAAAGCAGGCUAAUGAACAGUUGGCCGAACAAAUUAAUAAACAGUGGGACGUAGAUGGUCAGUGUCAAAGAUCAGUUGUGUUUGUUCUAUCAGCUGAUGACCACCGUUUAUAUUAUGCAGCGGAAGAACAAGCAGGAAUAAGUCUGUCUUUUGUAUUUAUAAUUUCUAAAAGUUGUGAGAGAAAUCAGCAAUUAAAAAUCGCUCCGUCAGCUUUAGCACAUACUUUUUCAGCACGAAGCAAUUUUGAAGCAGCAGUUGCGGAACAACAACAACUUUUUGCUGAACGUAAAUAUGUAUCUGCUUUGUCAGGAGUAUUCAAGAAAAUUGCUGAUUCCAUACAACCAUCAUCUAAAAAAGACGGAACAGGUACCUCCUAAUC